AUGGCCGGACCAGUCGAGCUCCAUUCCGCUGCAUCGCGCCCCCACGUGGGCCUCGGCAGGCCCCAGCUCGUCGAGAUGCGGGCCCCGGACGACGACUGGAGCGGCAUCACCAAGGCAUCCGACCGACGCCGCCGCCAGAAUCGCCUUAACCAGAGGGCGUAUCGGAGGAGGCAUGCUCAACCCGCCGAUCCGUCCGUCAAUCGUGCCCCCUGGGAGUCUGAUGGAUACCUGUUUACGACAUGUCCGUGGCGGCGAGCCCUCACGUAUGCAUUUAUGGAGCUUGUAUACCUUCAAUACACCCUCCGAACCCCGAAGCCCGUGUCGCUGCCGGGACUCAUCCGGCUCAAUGCCCUCAACGCCCUGUCGCGCAACGCCCUCUCACUCGGCAUUCCCAUCGACGGCCUUUGUCGGGACGAAUUCAUCUCCCCGUUCAACAAACCCCACGGCACCUCCAAGUGGACGUCAUGCCCGGAAAGCCUCCGUCCGACGCCGCUGCAACUGGCCGUCGAGCACCACCCCUGGUCGGACCUGCUGCCAUUUCCGCAUUUCCGGGACAACAUCAUCCAGGCCGUCGCCAACGGGACCCUGGACGAGGACGUGCUGUGCUACGACCUGCUGGACGUGACGGGCAAACCCCACGACGAGGCGGUGCUGAUCGUCUGGGGCGACCCGUGGGAUGCCCGCGGCUGGGAGGCCAACGUUGGGUUUUUCAGGAAGUGGGGAUGGCUUCUCCGGGGGUGCGCGGAGCUGGUCGAGUCGACGAAUCGCUGGCGCCAAAAGCGAGGGGAAACCCAGCUCAACAUCCGAUUGUAG